UCCACUCAAAAACGAAUUAAGACCAAGAUUAGUUGUAGCAAUCCCUCUCUGCGCCCCCGUACAUUGGAGGUUGUGUUAUUAUUAGGUUACAUACUUAUUCCCGGGUUUUAUCAAGCAUGUUAAAAAUGACAGCUGUGUAGACCCGGAGCUCCCUGCCUGCGUGUUCGCUGCGACGAUGACCAACGGUGACUGGGGGCACUGGGCAUCAAAACGGCUGUGCAGUUGCUAACCAAUGACAAUCGGAAGAAUCCUCUCGGAGUAUAGAUUCCCAAGCGGCCGUAUUCAAACACAACCUACACAUUACCAAACCAUCGCAGUUGCAAUGCAAUGCCUGUCAGAACGCUUGGUUUCCCGUGAGCGAGGAGAUGCGUACAAAGCUGUGUGCCUGUAGGUCAACUGAACGAGGCUUUUGAAGUCACUUGUGGAAUUUUAGACUUGCACGCAUAACGAUGCUUUAUCUGACUAAAUCGCUAUUUUUAUUCUUCUGUCUGGUGGUUAUCGGGGAAUGCCGUAAUCACGGACACCGAGUACGGAGAUGGACGGGAACCAUGGAAACGGCAAAGCAUGGCACAGAGACAGCAAAUCAUGGCACUUCCUUGACAAAGAAGCCUCCAGAUGUGACCAAAAAUCGCAAGCUGAAGACAGAGCAGCUUCUGAAAGUAGAUGAUCAUGAUUUCACCAUGAGGCCGGCAUUCGGAGGCCCGGCUAUCCCUGUUGGAGUGGACGUACAAGUGGAAAGCUUGGACAGCAUCUCAGAAGUAGACAUGGACUUCACCAUGACCCUGUACCUGAGACACUAUUGGAAGGAUGAGCGCCUGACCUUCACCAGCUCCACCAAUAAGAGCAUGACAUUCGACGGGCGUCUGGUGAAGAAGAUCUGGGUUCCAGAUGUGUUCUUUGUCCACUCCAAGAGAUCCUUCAUCCACGACACCACCACAGACAACAUCAUGCUCAGGGUCUUUCCCGACGGACACGUCCUCUACAGCCUGAGGGUGACAGUGACAGCAGCCUGUAACAUGGACUUCAGCCGCUUCCCUCUGGACACCCAGACCUGCUCACUGGAGCUGGAGAGCUAUGCCUAUACGGAUGAGGAUCUGAUGCUGUACUGGAAGAGUGGGGAUGAGUCCUUGAGUACGGACGACCGUAUCUCCCUGUCUCAGUUCCUCAUCCAGAAGUUCCACACCACCUCUCACCUGGCGUUCUACAGCAGCACAGGCUGGUACAAUCGUCUGUACAUCAACUUCACCCUGCGGAGACACAUCUUCUUCUUCCUGCUUCAGACCUACUUCCCUGCCACCCUCAUGGUCAUGCUGUCCUGGGUGUCCUUCUGGAUCGACCGUAGGGCUGUCCCAGCCCGCGUCUCACUGGGUAUCACCACAGUGCUCACCAUGUCCACCAUCAUUACUGGAGUGAACGCCUCCAUGCCCAGAGUGUCCUACAUCAAGGCUGUGGACAUCUACCUGUGGGUCAGCUUCGUGUUUGUCUUCCUAUCCGUGCUGGAGUACGCUGCCGUCAACUACCUGUCCACCGUGCAGGACCGCAGGGAACGUAAGAUGAGAGACGAGAUAAGAGAGAGGGCCAGGUCACAGUCGCUGCCCUGCGCCUGUGGCAUGUCCCAGACCAGGACCAUGAUAUUAGACGGGAACUACAGCGAGGCGGACACCAACAGCCUGGCCGGCUACACCUCAAGAACUAUGGUGUCCGAGGAGGAUGUGGAGAUGCCACAUGAGGUGAUGAGCGAGAAGCAGGCUCCUCGGGAGCACAUGGUGGUCCACCUGUCUGUCAGUAGCGAGUCCACAACCACCAAGAAGAAAGGUAUCCGGGCCCUCAAAAUUAUCCAGAAUACACAUGCCAUCGACAAGUACUCCAGGAUGUUAUUCCCUGGCUCCUACGUCCUAUUCAACUUCAUCUACUGGUGUUCAUACUGUAUAGGAGCGUAGCGUCUACUGUAUAGGUGCAGUAUGGGCCCUGGUCAAAAGUAAUGUACUAUGUAUUGAAUAGGGUGCCAUUUGGGACACAGACUAUGUUUAUCAUACGACUGUGUUUUAACACACUCGUCAUGGACAAGAGAAAGGCUAAGAGAGACUGCAACUGGGUUUUACAUGGACAUUUGAUACUAAUGGCCAAUAUUUGGAUGGACUACUAACUGGUUUGACUGGGGUAUUGGCCCAUAUGAGACUGAUCUAUAUGGGUUUAUGUUUAUUAUGUAUAUUAAGGUAAGUGUGACUCACUCACGAAUGACGAGGGAGAUUGCGAAAGUCUGAGAGACGGAGACUGAGUUUUACGUGGAUAUUUGGCACUGAUGGACAAAGAGAAAAGCACCAGAGAGAGAGACAGAGACAUCAUCCCACUGUAGUUUGUGAAUUUCUCUCAAUCGAUUCCACAGGGUGAUUCAUAGUUCUGCAAGUACGUAUUAGCUGUUGUUCAAAAACUCUUUUGUCCAAAUAACUAUCAUUUCAAGUCUUUUGUACUCUGGGCUUGGCAUUUGACCACAGAGGUGUGUCUACAAUGUUGUUAGCUUUUCAUUCAGGUCUAUUUGGCAUUCAGGUCUAAGUACCAGUUCAGUCUGUUGAAACAACUCAGUGUUUAACAGAGUUGAGUUUAAUGGUUACGUACAAAAUGGCACCCUAUACUCUUUAUAGUGGACUACUCUGGGCAAAAGUAGUGCACUAUAUAGGAAAUAGGGUGCCAUUUGGGAUGCACAUGAUGCUCUGGAUUAGAGCAUCUGCUACAUACAUAUGUGAAAUGUUAUGAUGCAAUAUACUACAGUGUAUAUAAUGGUUUGUGGUUCAAGUGAGGUCUUAGGGGCGCAGGUAGCCUAGUGGUUAGAGUGUUAGACUAAUAACCGAAAGGUUGCAAGAUCGAAUCCCUGAGCUGACCAGGUAAAAAUCUGUUGUUCUGCCCCUGAACAAGGCAGUUAAACCCACUGUUCCUAGGCCGUCAUUGAAAAUAAGAAUUUGUUCUUAACUGACUUGCCUAGUUAAAUAAAGGGAAAGUAAAUAAAAGUGGUGAUAAAACAACUGUGAUGUCAUUAAAGCACAACAACAGUAACAACAAUGUAGAGCAUUUCAAGCUGUGAGCAACAGUUACUGGGACAUUUGCAGCUUACUGUGUAAAGGAACUGAGGAAUUUUGUAUAGAUAUGUAUUUUCUUUUCUCUGAUACCUCUCAUAUGGUCAUUAUUGUAUGGUUACAUGCCAUUGUAAAAAAGAAUGUAGGCCUAUAAUGUAAAUAUAUAAAUCUAAAAACAAGUACCUUGUAUCGUGCCACUGUAGCACUUAAUAAUGAUUUGUGUAAUGAAUUACAUGUUUAAAAACAUUUAAGGUGUCCCAUGCCAUCAGCCAUCAUACCUUAACAAGCUAUAGCCAUGAAAGGCAACACAUAUGGCUUUGCUUGAGAUAUUGACCUUAAAUGUACAGUAUAGAAGAUUGUAGCCUAAAACGAAAUAUACUUUUAUUUUAAGCACUAGAGGCUUUAAUAGUCAGGUGAGAAGCUGCAACCCUAAAAUUAGAUGAAAGAUGAUAUUCUCAUUCUAAUUACAUGGCUGGAACAGCUUUUAGUAAACCCUUUUUUUAUGUCAAUGUGUGAGCAGAAAUUAGCUUUACAUAAAUGCAGCUGUAGGCUAUUCAUUCACUAGACAACAGUUCACAUUAGUUUUGUGAAACCAUAAUACUACUUUAGCCAUUCCAUUUUGAAUAGGGAAUCAGUAUGGGAAACGAUUUUCAUGUAUCACCAUGUUGAUAUUUUUCAUUAUGAAAAUAAAAUGUAUUGUAUAAUUUGGUGGUAU